UGCCGCUCCUUGCGAUGCUAAUGGUGUCAUCCACCUGUUUCAGGACCUUGCAUAACCUGUACCAUUAGCCUGCAUUCAUGUUAGACAACUUCCAAAGCGUAGAAAAACCUUUGAUGCUAAGAAAUAGCGGGUCAACAGUUGGUUUAAGUCUUCCUAACGUCUCUGGUUUCUGGGCCUGUUGUCUGACGUCUAGCUCUUGUCCGUUUUAGGAAGGCUAAGCGAUCUCUGUCGACGUCACAUCUCGUAGCCGCAUCUUAUCUUGGAACAGUCAAGCUCCAACAUUAUUGUUGAUAUUCAUACAACUUACGCACUUCCACUUUGUUUCCUCUCAUCCCUCAUUCAACCGCGUGUUACCGGGCCUGGUGUGGCUUCGUAACUUUCAUUUAAACUCUAGACUUCGCACUCGUGUGCUCCGUUUACGUUUCUGGAAACAGCUACAACUAAAUAACUCCCAAACGACGAAACUAGGUGUGGACGCCAACUAUUUCUUAAACACAUAGUUAUAUAACGAUUCGCCUGAUAUAUAUACGAUACUUCUUCUUCACAAUGCAUCGGACGUAUUCCAUGCGCCAAUCGCGCACGCCAACGGCUUCUCAGCUUGAGAACCCGCCCCCUCCGCCCUCGACGACCAAAACGAACCGACUGUUUGGAAGGACCAGUCUUGGUCAUGCGUUUCGGAAACAGACAGCGGGGGCUUUUGGCCCGGACCUAUCCAGAAAGCUUUCCCAACUGGUUAAAAUGGAAAAAAACGUGAUGCGAAGCAUGGAGUUGGUGGGUAGAGAGAGAAUGGAGGCUGCUCAACAACUUUCUUUUUGGGGAGAGUCAUGCGACGAUGACGUUUCAGAUGUUACCGAUAAGCUAGGAGUUUUAAUAUACGAAAUGGGCGAACUAGAGGAUCAAUUUGUUGAUCGAUAUGACCAGUACCGGGUUACAAUGAAAAGCAUUCGCAACAUCGAAGCAUCCGUACAACCAAGCAGAGAUAGGAAGCAAAAAAUAACGGACCAGAUAGCGCAUCUCAAAUACAAAGAGCCCAAUUCACCUCGAAUCGUAGUAUUGGAGCAGGAAUUGGUUCGAGCCGAGGCAGAAUCACUUGUUGCGGAGGCACAGUUAUCUAACAUCACGCGAGAGAAAGUAAAGGCUGCGUUUGCCUACCAGUUCGAUGCUCUGCGCGAACACUGCGAAAAGCUAGCUAUCAUAGCUGGAUACGGAAAGCAUCUGCUUGAAUUGAUUGACGAUACCCCAGUUACACCAGGAGAAACUCGGAAUGCUUAUGAUGGGUACGAUGCCAGUAGGGCAAUUAUUCAAGACUGUGAAGAUGCAUUGACGCAUUGGGUCUCAUCUAAUGCGGCUGUGAGCUCUAAACUUUCCACUCGUUCUCGCACCCUUUCCCAACGGCGCCGUAAUAACAUCUCGAAGACGCGUGGUGAGGGUGUGGACCUUACCAGCCAAGAUCCUCCCCUCAAAGGCGACCGUGAUUCCUGGGUCCCGGUCCAACAUCAUCCUGACUAUCAUCAACACCAGGCGGACGAAGUGGACGAUGAAUAUGAGCACGAAGAUGUUUUAGAACCGAACGGCGAAGUAAGGGACCGAGAAGAUGAGAAACAUUCUGUUCCAACUUGAUCAUACUCCCAUCGCCCACGAAAUAUUCUACAUGGUUUGAUAUGUGCCGUAUAUUUUGAGCGCGUGGGAGUUGUACAGGGGGCUAAUUUUGUUUCACUCUUUGUUUAUUGCAGAAGAUUUAAGUGCAAUGUUGUUUUUCUUUUUUCUUUUUUUCCCCCUUGGGCAGGAAGGAGAAUUUAUGCUGAUAGUAUACUUGCCACAAUAUCAACUAUAUAAUAUAUCUUUAAUGGUUAAUAUAUUUCUUUCUAGGGUCUACUGAACUUUUUUUUC